AUGAUAUCUCUAGUCUUCUCUCCAUCUCUCACCACAGUAAAAGAGGAGUCGGUUGCCACCUACAAAGGCAACGAGUUCUUCAGCUAUGACUUAUCUCAGAUGCCCAUCCAGAGCAAACUGGACGAGAUCACUCUGUCCUUCCGCACGCUGCAGAGGAACGGCCUCCUUCUCCACACCGGGAAGUCAGCUGACUAUGUCAACCUAUCCCUGAGGAGCGGCGCUGUGUGGCUGGUCAUCAACCUGGGCUCAGGGGCCUUCGAGACCCUGGUGGAGCCCACCAACGGCAAGUUCAACGACAAUGCCUGGCACGAAGUGCGCAUCACACGCAACCUGCGCCAGGUGACUGUCUCUGUGGAUGGGAUCUUGUCCACCACCGGCUACACCCAGGAGGACUACACCAUGUUGGGCUCUGAUGACUUCUUCUACAUUGGGGGGAGUCCCAACACGGCUGACCUCCCUGGCUCCCCAGUCAGCAAUAACUUCAUGGGCUGUCUCAAAGACGUGGUUUACAAGAACAAUGAGUUCAGACUGGAGCUGUCUCGUCUGGCUGCAGAGCGGGACCCUCAGGUCAGUGUUCACGGUGACCUGACCUUCCGCUGUGAGGAUGUGGCGGCCCUGGAGCCAGUCACCUUCGACACGCCCGCCUCCUACCUCACCCUGCCCAGGUGGAACACCAAGAAGACUGGCUCCAUCUCCUUUGACUUCCGGACCACGGAGCCCAGCGGCCUGCUGCUGUUCAGCCACGGGGACAGACGUCUGCAGGACCUAGACAGACAGCCGGACAGGCAGGCCAGGGCUCAUUACUUUGCCAUGGAGCUAAUGGACGGCUUUCUCUACCUGGUGAUGGACAUGGGCUCUGGCAGCAUCAAGAUGAAGGCCAGCAACAAGAGGGUCAACGAUGGGGAGUGGUGCCACGUGGACUUCCAGAGGGAGGGGCGUAAGGGCUCCAUCUCGGUGAACAGCCGCAGCACACCAUUCUCUGAGAAUGAAGGCAAUGAGAUCUUAGACCUGGAGGGCGAUAUGUACCUGGGGGGUUUGCCCGAGGCACGCCAGCGCCUCAUCCUCCCCCCAGAAGUCUGGACGGCCCCCCUCAACCUGGGCUACGUGGGCUGCAUGCGGGACCUGUUUAUGGAUGGGCGGAGCCGAGACCUGAGGAGACUGGCAGAGAUCCAGAGUGCCUCUGGAGUCAGCAGCUUCUGCACCAGAGAAACACACAUCAGGUGUGGCAGAGACGUCUGUGGCAACGGUGGGCAGUGCCGUGAGGGCUGGAACCGUCAUGUGUGUGAUUGCACCAGCACGGGCUACCUGGGUCCCAACUGUGAGAGCGAGGCCACGGUGCUGAGCUAUGAUGGCAGCAUGUACCUGAAGGUGACACUGCCAGUCAGCAUGCACACGGAGGCCGAGGACGUGGCGCUACGCUUUAUGUCCCAGAGGGCCUUUGGGCUGCUGUUGGCCACCACCUCCCAGGACUCAGCUGACACACUGCGUCUGGAGCUGGAAGCGGGCCGGGUCAAACUCACCGUCAACCUGGAUUGUAUCAGGAUAGACUGUAACCUCAGUAAAGGCCCAGAGAUGCUGUUAGCGGGACAGAAGCUGAACGACAAUGAGUGGCACUCAGUGAAGGUGGUACGUCUUGGGAAGAACCUGCAGCUCUCUGUGGACAAUGUGACUGUGGAAGGCCAUAUGGCGGCUGCCCACACCCGCCUGGAGUUCCACAACAUUGAGACUGGCAUCAUGACAGAGAGACGCUUCAUCUCUGUGGUGCCAACCAACUUCAUAGGGCACCUGCAGGCCCUCUCCUUCAAUGGCGUGCCCUACCUGGACCAGUGUAAAAACGGAGACAUCUCCUACUGCGAACUCAACGCCCGCUUCGGCAUGCGCCGCAUCGUGGCUGACCCUGUGACCUUCCACAGCCGGGCCAGCUACCUAGCCUUCUCUACCCUGCAGGCCUACGCCUCCAUGCACCUCUUCUUCCAGUUCAAGACCACCUCCCCCGACGGCCUGCUCCUCUUCAACUCUGGAGACGGCAGUGACUUCAUCAUGGUGGAGCUGGUCAAAGGGUACAUCCAUUAUGUGUUUGACCUGGGUAACGGACCGUCACUCAUGAAGGGCAACUCUGAGAAGCCUCUCAACGACAAUCAGUGGCACAACGUGGUGGUGUCCCGUGAUGACAACAACGUGCACAUCCUCAAGACUGACUCCCGCACCGUCACCCAGCAUUACAACGGAGCCCGUAACCUGGACCUCAAAGGGGAGCUGUAUGUUGGUGGUGUGGGGAAGACCAUGUACAGUAGCCUGCCCAAGCUGAUCGCGUCCCGCGAUGGGUACCAGGGCUGCCUGGCCUCCGUGGACCUAAACGGGAGACUUCCUGACCUGAUGGCAGACGCCGUCCACAGGGUGGGCCAGGUGGAGCGGGGCUGUGAAGGCCCGAGCAGCACCUGUACAGAGGACUCGUGUCAUCACCAGGGGGUGUGUCUCCAGCAGUGGGAGGGCUUCUCCUGUGACUGCACCAUGACCUCUUAUGGAGGAGCAUUCUGCAGCGACCCUGGGACCACGUAUAUCUUUGGGAGAGGAGGAGCCCUCAUCACGUACAUCUGGGCCCCUAAUGAGAGGCCGAGCACCAGAGCUGACCGCCUAGCUGUGGGCUUCAGUACUCAACAGAAAGACGCCAUCUUGGUCAGAGUGGAGAGCACCAGUGGACUGGGAGACUACCUGCAGCUGCACAUAGAACAAGGAAAGAUCGAUGUGAUCUUCAACGUGGGGACAGAUGACAUCACCAUUGGCGAGCCUGCUGUCAUAGUUAGCGAUGGCAAGUACCAUGUUGUGCGCUUCACACGCAGCGGUGGCAACGCCACCCUCCAGGUGGACAACCAACCUGUCAUCGAACGCUACCCGCCAGGGAACUUUGAUAAUGAGCGCCUGGCUAUUGCUAGACAAAGAAUCCCAUACCGACUUGGUCGGGUAGUUGACGAGUGGCUACUCGACAAAGGACGACAGCUGACCAUCUUCAACAGCCAGGCAGCGAUAAAGAUCGGGGGUCAGGAUAAGGGCAGGCCGUUCCAGGGCCAGAUCUCUGGUCUCUACUAUAACGGCCUGCAGGUGCUUAAGCUGGCGGCAGAGAGUGACCCCAGUGUCCAGGCUGAGGGGAACCUGAGGCUGGUGGGAGACUCACUGUCAGUGCUGACCACUGAGACCACCUCCACCACCCCACUGGCUGUCUCCGACAUGUCCACCACCAUCAUGGAGACCACCACCACCAUGGCCACCACCACCACCCGCAGGCAACGCUCCCCCAGCAUGAGGGAGAGCAUCUCCCAGUCUCAGAACUCGGAUGACAUCUUGGUGGCGUCUGCUGAGUGUCCCAGUGAUGACGAGGAUCUGGAGGAGUGUGAGCCUGGAACAGGAGGUGAAUUAGUGUUGCCUAUAAUAACAGUGGAUUCCCUUGAGCCCCCAUCCAUCGCCACCCGUCACCCUGCUUUCCCCCCUCCUCCCACCUCCCUGUCCCCACUUGAGACCACCAAAGAGUCCCUGAUGCUGUCCAACCCUCACCCUCCCUGCCCCUCGGACCAGGAGGACUGCGGUGACCCUGUGGAGGUCUCAGCCUUUGGUUCGGGGGAGUUGACGGAAUCAGAUGACGAGGACUUUUACAAAAACUCCCCCCUGGUCACUGACAGGACGGUCCUGCCUCCUCCUCCCCCUGCCGCUGGUGAAGGCCGGGACCAGAAACCCCAUAAUUCCCGCCCCCCUCCUUCUGCUCCCUCCACCAACCCUGACCAGCUCCACAUCCCCGCGGGCAAAAUGAACACCCGUGACCAGGUGCUUCUGCCCCCUGUCCCUCCAUCAUCUCGGAAUACACCAGGACUAACUUACCCCCCCAAUUUCCCCCAUGUGCCCACAGCCGACCCUACAGCCCCUGGUGAGAAGAUCAUAUAUCCCGGCCUGGUGGAUAGGAUCGGGGAGUCCAGUAGCACCACAGGGAUGGUGGUUGGCAUUGUGGCAGCUGCUGCCCUCUGCAUUCUCAUCCUCCUCUACGCCAUGUACAAGUACCGCAACCGUGACGAGAGCUCCUACCGGACGGACCAGGGACACAGCUUCAUCAACAACCCAGUUGCUGAGGGCAACGGGGCCAUGGUCAAGCUAGAGAAGACACCAAGUAUAACGUCUACAGUAGCCAAGGCUGUCACCAAGGGCAACAAGAACAAGCAAAAAGAGUAUUACGUCUGAGAGAGGGAAGAAGAGAGAAGGAGAGCGAGAGAGAGAUAGGCUAGAGGAAAAUCAUGGAAAGGGGGUUCUCCCAAUUAAAAUUCCACAUUAUCCACUAGAUAAACAUCCAAAGUUUAGCGGGUAAUUGUUACAUUUGUGCCACAAAAACUAACAAAAAAACAACUUGCCAUCAGUAUUUUCACAGUUCCAGGUAAAUUAUAUAUUUUUCAUUUCUAUCACAUACCAAGUACUGUAUUGGUUAACAUACAAUUUCAUACUGGAUUAGAAGCCUAUCCAUUUGCUGUCAUUGUAUAUAGCACCCCAACUAUCAACUGUAUGGUUAUGGUUCACGGUGAAAACUAAGCUGAGACCAUUGUACUAUAUAGAAAAGACCAUUGUACUAUAGAAACAGAUUUGCAUGAAUGUCAGUUCUCAAGAAUCUCAAGUCUCUCUGUCUUCUAAUAACGUCAGAGGUAUCGGUGUGUACCGAUUGGUCAUUAUGGUAAAUAACAACAGAGCAACCCAAUAGCGUUUACUAGAAUAAACAAAAGCCAUACCCAUACUUGGAGACUGAGUGACCCACCUUCUCAGCAGACUAGUCUACCCUAUUUUGUGUUAUCCCAUGUUAACAACUUUCCACUCAGUCUAUCUCUCUGGUUGCCCAUGGUGAAAUGUUGAUGGUUGAAUAUCAUUGAACCAUGUUUUAAGCAUAAUUAUGUAUUUCUUUUCACGUGGAAAAUACAGGUUUUCAAAAGUAAUAUACAAUUCACAGCUUAAUUUAGCCAAUAACCCCUCUAUCUGGAUGAAUGAGAUGAGCCAGAUUCUCUCAUCUCUGUGUGAGGAGAGAUCUACAGAGAUCUACAGAGAUCUACAGUGAUCUACAGAGAUCUACAGUGUGUCAUUCCAUCCAGAAGGAAGUUCCUCAAAAUGCUACUGUAGCAAAGACAUUGCUCUGUAAACAUUUUUGUAUGUAAAGACGUCUUGGGAUUGAAAAAGCUUUGCUCGUUUGUUCUCUGGAGUACAUAGACUAACAGACAAUGAAAAAUACACUUCAUGUGAGAGAUGUUCUGCCUCCACGGUUACCACUGUCAACACUCCAGAUCCACCAUGAGGAGAAGUAGAGAGUGAAUAUGAAAGGGAGCAUCAGGACACAGAUUCACUUUUGAAUAACUUUUUCUAGUGGUUCCUGGGGAGAGGGAGAUGCCCAACCUUGUGUCAAGAGGCUGACUUUCCCUUCCUUCUUCAAUAAUGACACAAAAACUGGAAAGGCACAAAAAGUAGAAACAUAUCUUUGAGAGAUAAACAAGUGUUUCCUUAGAAAGCAAACUGAACAUGUAUUCUGGUUUUUAUAUCCAUGAAUAAAAUACUAUUCUGUGAGACACAUUAUUGAAGGUUUGUGAAUUGUAUAGCUAUUUCUCAGAUAUUUCGGUGUUUCUCUUGUUAGCAUUCCUCUUUAACAAAAUAAGGAGUUCAGUUGUUUAUGUUGCCUUUUAUAAUCAGAUACAGAUUUGUCUAUGAUGAGACAACAUUGUGUGACUGCAGAAACCCAUAUUUAGCCUUUUCUUUUUCAAUGUUGAAUGGCAUUACAUUUCCGUUAAAGACUGGUUAGUGAUUGUAUGUAAAAGUUUUAAGAGAAAACACAAAGGAUGACGUGUACUUAUUUUUUCUUUGGUUCUUCAUUUUAUGUACAUUGAAAAACAUGUCUCUCUUUGUCUGUCGUGUUGACAUUCUCUCCGUUGUAUUAUGUUAAUAUUCUCAAUUUCUGGGAUUUCCUCUUAUUCUUUUAUGAAGUGCCAUUUAACACUGCUCCAGAGUAUAUUCCUGUCCUCACUCAAUGAUAUUGUAAAGUGUUCCUGUGAAAUGAAUCUUCAUAUGUGUACAGUACAUUGACAGAGGGGAAAUACACUUGGUAAUAUACUUUGUA